AAGGGUAAAUUCAUUGAAUUCAAUGUAAGGGACAAUCCCAAGAAGUUGAAUGCUUAGUUAAUGGUUGCCUCUUUAGUUAAGUGUCAAAUCCAUUUGGAAAAGAAAUUGAAUCGCCUCUAAAGAAGGUUCGGGAAGAUACGAUACAGCGGUAUCCCACCAAAGUUUUCCUUGUCAGAGUCUCAGAAUUAUAAUCGGAAUCCACUUCUCAAGUACCCAAACUAUCCUCUAUCUUUCUCUCUAUAUAUGGAUGUAUAUCUGUCUAAAUCAUCAUCCCAUCUAGGCUCAGUUUUUUAUUAUCCCUGAAACAUGGACUCUCCAAACAGCUCGGUUACUCCUCCUUCAUGCGCUAGAGGUUGCGGUUUCUUUGGCUCAGCAGAAAAUCGUAACAUGUGUUCCAAGUGCUACACUGAUUAUCUCAAACAAGAGAUUAUUGCUAAAACCAAUUCUGCACCCGAACCCUCACCUGCCUCCAAUUCCUUAUCAAACAAGAUCGCAACUUGUAUUAAUAUUAAAGAAGCAGCAGCAGAAGAAGAAGAGACUGCAAAAACGGUUCCUGUUGCGAAGAACAGAUGCGAGAGUUGCAACAAGAAAGUGGGUGUUACAGGGUUUGCGUGCCGUUGCGGGAAGGUGCUUUGCGGGACGCAUCGAUACCCUAAGGAGCACUGCUGCACCUUUGAUUUCAAGAGGGCUGAUCGUGAUCUUUUGGUUAAGCAAAAUCCUCUUGUCAAGGGUAAUAAAAUGGAUAAUAGGCUUUGAUAUAGUUAGGAUGAAUAGGCUUUGAUAUAGUUAGGAUCAAGGUUUACUUUCUGUUUGUAAUCUUCAGAUUGCACAAAUUAGUAAUUUAUUUUUGGCAGAAUUCGCAAUUAGUUAUA